AUGAUGGGUCGGGCAGGCCUCGACUUUUGUUGGCCCGGUUUGGUCCAGGCGGGCCAUCAGAAAUUCACCCGAUUAGGAGCUCUGGCUUAUAUCCGCUACAGGUUACAUAGUAUUGGAUCCCAAUAUCCUAUUGAUCCGAAACAAGUUAACAUGCGUCCUACACAUCAUGAUGGAAAAAAUCAAUCAAUAAUUGAAUUUUCAACAGUAUCUUAUGCUGUACUCGAGAGUCAACAAUAUGUUGAAUUAAUCAUUCAGCGACUUGGUGUAAUAGACACAGUGAGCAGAUUCAGAUUAGAUACUAUUGAUGGUACAGCUGUAGAAAAUGAAGAUUAUAUCAAAUUAUCCGAUGAAUUUGAAAUGAAAGAAGGAGAAUAUGAGAAAAAAAUAAGAGUUGUAAUUAUUGAUGAUAAUGAAUGGGAACCUGAUGAAACAUUCUUUGUUAAGUUGUCAUUACCUAAAAGUGAAGAAAAUCGUCCAACCAAACUUGGAUCAAAAACGGCUGCACUAGUAACAAUAAUAAACGAUGAUGAACCUGGUACAUUUGACUUUGAACAUCAAGCUUCACUUGUUAAAGAAUCGGCUACAAAAGCUGAAUUAAAAGUAAUUCGUUCAAAUGGUGCUGAUGGUCGUGUAACAAUUAAAUAUCGAACAAAAGAUAUUACUGCUGUUUCAAUGAAAGAUUAUAUCGGUGGAGAAAAUGAAAUAAUAUUUGAACAUGGUGAAUUAUCAAAAUCAAUUGAAAUUCCAAUAAUAGAUGAUAGUGAAAAAGAAAAAGAUGAAUCAUUCUCGGUUGAGUUAGUUGAAUCAAGUACUGGUAGUAAGAUUGGAAGACAUUCACGAACAGUGGUGACAAUAAUUAAUGAUGAUGAAUACCAGUCGUUGGCGCGUCGAGUGUUUAGUUUAGCUCAACUUGAUAUUGAUCGUUUAAAUGUGUCGAAAAGAACAUGGGGUCAACAAUUUUAUGAUGCAUUAAAUGUGAAUGGUGGUGAUGUUAAAUCAGCUAAACCAUUCGAUUAUAUCGCGCACUGUCUAUCACUUUUUUGGAAGAUAUUGUUUGCCUUUGUUCCUCCUACGCAAAUGGCUGGCGGUUGGUUCACAUUUAUGGUCUCAUUAAUAUUCAUAGCUCUCUUAACAGCUCUUGUUGGUGAUGUAGCAUCCAUCUUUGGCUGUUUAGUAGGAUUGAAAGAUAGUAUAACGGCCAUAUCACUUGUUGCCAUGGGUACAUCAUUACCGGACACAUUUGCCAGUAUGAUUGCAGCUAAAACUUCAAAAACAGCUGAUGAUGCUAUAGGAAAUAUAACAGGAUCAAAUAGUGUCAACGUAUUUCUUGGUCUUGGAUUACCGUGGGUUAUAGCAGCCAUUUAUUGGGAAACAAAAGUUAGUAAACUAUUCUAUUUUUAA